AUGCCAACGUCCCGUUUACUGCAGAGAUUGAAGAUGCUCUCCUUGGUCCUUGUCUUCGCUAUCGUCAAGUAUGGUCUAGCUGCACUCCCGCAGGGUCCCCCAGUCCCCAACGACGUGAUCAUCUGCUUUGCAGGCGAGACGGAUGACUAUAGGAAGAUCGCCCCUCAGUUCGACCAGGGCGAUCCUGCAAUCGAUGCUGGCGCUGGAGUGCCACUGCGUGCCACUGUGCUGAUUGUGCGUCUCCCUUGCGGAAAGUAUGCUAUUCUGUCCUCGUCGCUCCCGGGACCCGCUGCUCCUGUGUGUAUGGUCCUGUCAAAGAACACGGCAACCAUCGUUUCAAAGCGGACGUUGACAGUACGCUGGUCCCAUGCCCACGACUUGUACCAAGCACAACUCUGUGACACUCAAGAUCUUCGGGCGUUUGUCCGAUGUUUCCGAGAGAACAGUGUCGACGCUCCUAGCGAUGCCGACAUCAAGGACGAUGCCUACAUUGAGGAGGAAAUCGCUGAAGACCUUGAUGUCGUCUCUAGCAACUACGAGGCUUGCCUCGAGUAUGGCGCCUUCGCAGACGACGAGUGGACAUGGCGUGACGUUCGAGCAGCCUGCUGGAUACUCUACGUGAUCUAUGUGGCUCUGCACAUUACAUGCGCGAUGCGCAAACUCGCUCCCACGGAGGAGCGUGCAAGUGUAGCCUAG